GUUCCAACCGGCUUAAACCUUCGGCGAAUCAAACAGUGACAACGACACUACCGAAAUGCGUGGCUUUGUGUGCAUGCUGCUGACGGUCCUGGCCGUGGCAGUGAGUGGCCAGUUCGAUACACACCAGUGGGGCGAUCGUAGCGGCAUCGUACAUCUGUUCGAGUGGAAGUGGAACGAUAUUGCCAGGGAGUGCGAAACCUUCCUCGCACCGAAAGGGUACGCAGGGGUGCAAGUGUCCCCACCGACUGAGAACGCCGUCGUAUGGAGUCCUCCCCGCCCGUGGUGGGAACGUUACCAACCCAUCUCUUACAACCUCAACACCCGGUCGGGCAGUGAGUCGGAGUUUGCGAGCAUGGUUAGCCGCUGUAACGCGGUAGGUGUACGCAUCUACGUCGAUCUGGUCAUUAAUCACAUGGCUGCUAUUAGUACGAACGGGGGCACCGGUGGAUCGACGGCAAACGCUGGGGCCAUGGACUUCCCGGCUGUGCCAUACGGCGCCAAUGACUUCAACCCGGUGUGUUCGAUUACCAACUACAACGAUCCCAUCAUGGUUCGUAACUGUCAGCUGGUAGGACUGCCGGAUUUGAACCAGGGCAACAAUUGGGUGCGUGACAAGAUUGUCGAAUUGAUGAACAAAAUGAUCAACUAUGGUGUUGCCGGCUUCCGUGUGGACGCCGUCAAGCACAUGUGGCCCGGAGAUCUGCAGGCCAUCUACAGCCGUAUGAACAAUCUGCCAACGUCGCACGGUUUCCCACCGAACGCUCGUCCCUUCAUCACGCAGGAGGUGAUCGAUCUGGGCGGUGAGGCGAUCAGUAAGAACGAAUACACCCAUCUCGGUACGGUUACUGAGUUCCGAUUCUCGGCUGAGAUUGGACGUGCCUUCCGCGGACAUAACCAGCUUCGAUGGCUCGUUAACUGGGGACCCGAGUGGGGCUUCCUGCCUUCUCAUCUUGGGCUCGUUUUCGUUGAUAACCACGAUAACCAGCGCGGCCAUGGUGCGGGUGGCGAAGAGGUCCUCACGCACAAGGUGCCCAAGAACUACAAGAUGGCAAACGCUUUCAUGUUGGCUCAUCCCUACGGUAUUCCCCGCGUCAUGAGCUCGUUCUUCUUCAACGACGGUGACCAAGGACCGCCAGCUGACGGUGACGGCAACCUAAGCUCCCCGAUCAUUAACGCGGACGACUCAUGCGGCGGUGGCUGGGCUUGUGAGCAUCGGUGGCGCCAAAUCUAUAACAUGGUUGGCUUCCGCAACGCUGUAUCCGGCACCUCGUUGAACGACUGGUGGGACAAUGGUGGUAACCAGAUCGCUUUCUGCCGCGGUGGACGUGGUUUCGUCGCAUUCAAUCUGGAGGGCUAUGAUUUGAAUCAAAGUCUGCAGACCUGUCUACCGGCGGGCACGUACUGCGACGUGAUCUCGGGCAGCAAGUCGGGAAGCAGCUGCACUGGCGCUAGCGUCACUGUUGGUGGAGAUGGUCGUGCCAAUAUCUUCAUUAGCGCCAACGCCGACGAUGGUGUCCUGGCCAUUCACGCCAAUUCCCGAUUGUAAGGAUCCCUUGUAACUUAAGUGUAAUAUUUGCACUCCACUAAUGAACUGGAUGGAAUAAAAGUACAAAUUUUAAUAAAACACACGUGCGCAAAUGAUCCGCUCUCUGUUUUAUUAUUAUUCUAACUAAUUCUUCUCUUUUAUCGGCACAAAAACCUCAAAAGGUUUAAGCAUUUUUCCGGAUGGGAUUUAUCCUCGAUCCUGUCGUGUAAAGACCGGCGUCGCUACCAAUACACCACCGAGUCGCCCCAUUUUCUAAUCUAUUACCAUGUCUCAAACCAUAUCGCCGCAUCUGCCUAACACGGUCGCUUAUUUCCAAUGCCCUAAUUAUUGUGCAGGACGGUUCCUUUCUCAGUUUCCAGCCGCCUGAACGAUCAUCUGUGGUCUUCAAAACCGAAAGUAAUUCGCCUUACUUUAACAAGUGAUUCCGGUUUAAAGUUAAUGCCAACAAUUCUUCUUCCAUUUACCGUCUAUCAUUGGCUAUACAUUGUGUUUAGGAUCUUUAACCCAAUUAGAUAAACAAAAAGAAAAUUCAAUAUCCAAUCUCUUACGCUCGAAAGGGCAACCGAGUGAUCAUGGAUUAAUAAAAAAAGCAACUAAUAGUCAUUAGGUCCAGGGCGAUCGGGUCGGAAUUUGUUAACCUAGCGAGCACGAGGUUUUGGAUUCUGUGUAUAAUUUAAAUGUCAAAUGCAAAUCACAGCGCUUCUGUGAAGUCGUCCAUCGCUUGCAGAUCUGCUACCUGUAGCAGCUCUUGUGAAACGAUAUCUUAUCCCAAAGCAAAAAGAAAGGACGUCCUACUAAAGUUUGUAUUUUUUUAUUUCUACCUCUCGGUGCCUCGACACCGCAUACCGAAUGAAAAAAAACGGAUCGGUAUCAAUAAAG